AUGUUAAAGAUAUUAAAAGAAAACCAUAACACAAUGAGGAAAAUACUGUGGCGAACAGUGACCACAGGUGACCAGAGUUUAUGUGCAGAACCAGUUCAUGAGCAGAAACUGACACUUCUCCUGCUAACACUGCUGCUCUUCCUUUAUACCACAGAAGUUGAAACAGCUGUCUGUGAGAUGCUGGGGUUCCCAGAGUUUCCUCUUUUGUCUAAGAAAGGGGAUCUAACUAUUGGAGGAGCUUUCUCCAUCCACGGCCAAAUCUCACAGUCUUCAAGCUCCCUGACGGAUCCACCAGAACCUCUCGUGUGCUCCAGGUUAAGUUUAAGGGAGUUUCGUUUUGCUCAAACAAUGAUAUUUGCCAUUGAGGAGAUCAACAACAGCAGCUCUUUACUGCCAAAUAUCUCAAUCGGUUAUAAGAUAUUUGACAGCUGUGGUUCAACGUUAACUUCAACACGUGCAGUGAUGGGUCUAAUGAAUGGACAAGAACGCACUUCAGGAAAAACCUGCUCUGGUCAAUCAACUGUUCAUGCCAUUGUUGGAGCGUCAGAGUCUUCCUCAACUAUUGUGAUGCUUCGAAUUUCAGGGAUUUUCCAAACACCAGUGAUCAGCCACUUUGCAACAUGUGCAUGUCUCAGCAACAGAAAGGAAUACCCCUCCUUCUUCAGGACCAUUCCCAGUGACUACUACCAGAGCAGAGCCCUGGCUAAACUGGUAAAGCACUUUGGAUGGACGUGGGUUGGGGCGGUCAGAAGUGACAAUGACUAUGGUAAUAAUGGAAUGGCGACAUUUAUCGCAGCUGCGACUCAGGAGGGGGUUUGUGUUGAAUACUCCGAGGCCAUCUCCAGGACAGGAUCCAGAGAACAGGUUGAGAAGGUGGUCAGAGUAAUCCGGAGUGGCACUACAACUGUUUUAGUUGCUUUUCUUGCGCAGGCUGAGAUGGAUGUUUUGCUUGAAGAAGCUCUGAUACAAAACCUGACCGGGUUGCAAUGGGUUGGCAGUGAAUCAUGGAUUACAUCAGGUCAAUAUUCCAAGAAGAAGUUUGCUGGUAUAUUGACAGGAUCUCUGGGGUUUGCCAUUAAAAUGGCAAAAAUCCCAGGCUUGCAAGAUUUUCUCUUACAGGUUCACCCAAGACAGGAACCGCAGGACAUGCUACUUCAAGAGUUUUGGGAAGAAAGCUUUGAAUGCACUUUUCAGCCCAGUCUACUUGGUACAAAACAGUGUUCUGGCAAUGAGAGACUAGAAGAUAUAAAUAAUUCUUUCACGGACGUGUCAGAGCUAAGAAUAUCUAAUUGUGUGUACAAGGCUGCGUAUGCUGUAGCUCACGCCAUGCACAGCAUGUUAAAAUGUGGACAAAGUGGUGAAACAUUCAAUCAUUCAUGUGUCUGGAAAGAUCAUAUAGACCCGAGACAAGUUGUGAAACACCUCCAGGAUGUGAAUUUUACUCUUCAUUCAGGAGAAAGAGUGUAUUUUGAUAAACGAGGAGACCCCGCAGCAACAUAUGAGCUGGUUAACUGGCAGAGAAAUGCAGCACGAGAUGUUGUGUUUGUGACUGUAGGGAGCUAUGAUGCUUCACAACCAAAUGGACAGCAGUUCACCAUGAAUGGAAUAAACAUAACAUGGGUUGAAGAAUCCCAGAAGAGGCCACUGUCUGUCUGCAGCGAGAGUUGUUUUCCAGGCUUUCGACAGGCAAUAAUUAAAGGCAAACCCAUCUGCUGUUUCUCCUGCAUCGCCUGCGCUGCUGGAGAGAUCAGCAACUCUAGCAAUUCUGCAGAGUGUUCACGGUGUCCACUGGAAUACUGGUCAAAUGAGGAUCACAGCGAGUGUGUUCCAAAGGUGAUUGAGUUCCUGUCUUAUGAGGAGACCAUGGGUGCCCUCCUUGCUGCUUUCUCAUUGUUUGGAGCAGGUUUAACACUUGCAGUUUCAUGUGUCUUCUUUUGGUUUCGCAACACGCCUCUUGUUAGAGCCAGUAACUCAGAGCUGAGUUUCCUGGUGCUCUUCUCCUUGACUCUAUGUUUUCUGUGUUCUCUGACAUUCAUCGGCCAGCCCACUGAGUGGUCCUGCAUGCUACGACACACAGCAUUUGGCAUAACCUUUGCCUUGUGCAUGUCAUGUAUAUUGGCUAAAACCAUAACAGUGGUGAUGGCCUUUAAGGCUAGAAGGCCAGCGAACACAGUUCCUCAGUGUUCUGCUUCACUUCAGAGAACAAGCGUUCUCGGCUGUACUUUACUGCAGGUGUUGAUUUGUGUGGUAUGGUUAGCAUUAGCCCCACCAUUUCCCUACAAAAAUACGGCUCAUGCUACUGAAAGGAUUAUUCUAGAAUGUGAUUUAGGUUCAGAUAUAGGGUUUUGGGGUGUGUUAGGCUAUAUUGGACUUCUGGCUGUGCUAUGCCUAAUCUUUGCUUUUCUGGCUCGAAAGCUGCCUGACAAUUUUAAUGAAGCCAAAUUCAUCACCUUCAGCAUGCUGAUAUUCAGCGCAGUCUGGGUCACGUUUAUCCCAGCGUAUGUCAGCUCUCCUGGGAAGUUUACUGUAGCUGUAGAAAUAUUUGCUAUUCUGGCUUCAAGCUUUGGGUUGCUUUUCUGCAUAUUUGCUCCAAAAUGUUAUAUUUUACUACUGAAACCAGAGAGGAAUACUAAAAACCAAAUUAUGGGUAGGAACCAGUCAAAAGCAUUAUAA